GGCUGGCACCGCCCUCCGCGCCCGCUCCUCGCGCUCACAGCGGCCCGCGGGCCGGGCGUCAUGGGCGGCCUCUUCUGGCGCUCCGCGCUGCGGGGGCUGCGCUGCGGCCUGCGGGCCCCGGACCCGAGCCUGCUCGUGCGCCCCAGCUCGGGAGGGCCCUCCUGGACCCGGGAACGGACCCUGGUGGCGGUGAAGCCAGAUGGGGUGCAACGGCGGCUCGUUGGGGACGUGAUCCAGCGCUUUGAGAGGCGGGGCUUCACGCUGGUCGGGAUGAAGAUGCUGCAGGCACCAGAGAGCGUCCUUGCCGAGCACUACCAGGACCUGCGGAGGAAGCCCUUCUACCCUGCCCUCAUCCGCUACAUGAGCUCUGGGCCCAUGGUGGCCAUGGUCUGGGAAGGGCACAAUGUCGUCCACACCUCCAGGGCCGUGACUGGACACACUGAUUCGGCUGAGGCUGCCCCAGGAACCAUAAGGGGUGACUUCAGCGUGCACAUCAGCAGGAAUGUCAUCCACGCCAGCGACUCCGUGGAGGGGGUCCAGCGGGAGAUCCAGCUGUGGUUCCAGAGCAGUGAGCUGGUGAGCUGGGCAGACGGGGGCCAGCACAGCAGCAUCCACUCAGCCUGAGGCUCAAGCUGCCCUUACCACCCCAGCCUCCACGCAGGACCAACUACCUCUGUCAGCAAGAACCCAAGCCCACAUCCAUCCCUGCCUAUCCCAAACCACUUACUUCCCUGUUCACCUCUGCCCCAGCCCAGGCCAGAGGAGUUUCAGCCACCAACUUCAGUGCCUUUCUGUACCCCAAGCUAGCACAAGAUUGGACCAAUCCGUUUUGCACCAAAGUGCCGGACAGCCUUUGUGGUGGGGGGGUCUUCGCAAGUUAUCCUAACCUUUCCUCCAAAGGGGAGGCAUUAAAAUUCACCGUGCCCAGCACAUGGGUGGUACAUUAAUUAUGACUUCUGCCAACUGAGGUAGAAAUGACGCUUUUAUGCAAGUUGUAAAGAGUUGAAGAGUAAAGAUGAAGUUUUGCACACCUA